AUGGCUUCCAACACCAUCUCUCAGCUCCCCACGGCAGAGCAACGAGAGAACAUCACCGCCCGCUUGGAAGACCUCGUCACAGCCAUCGAGUCUCAUUCUCAAUGGACUCCCCCCAAUGUUGACCGUGGUCUCUUCCAUGUCUGGGACUUUGUCAAGAGAUCUCACUAUAUCAUGACCGAGCUUGACAACAUUGCUGCUGGUCGAAAAGUCCAGCAUCCUGAACAAAUCCCCAAGAACGAAGGUGAGUGUACCUGGGCUGCUUACACUAUCUUCUUUGUAACAGUCGCUUCUGGCUCUGAAGCUGCCCUCGCUUCCUACACCGACGUUUGCACACGUACCAUCACAAUCAACGAGAUGAUUCAAAAUCCUCGUAUGCUCGUCAUGCUCGGCCUCUCCAACGUCGACUUUGGCUCCGCUAUCCAAGAAAAAUCAGCAGCCGUCAAGGAGGCGAUCAAGAGCACAAACUAG